AUGGCAGACACAAUGCAGUCGAUGCAAGCUCACUUCCCCAAUCUGCCAGCCCGGCAUGAUCAAUUCCUUGAAUAUCUCGCAGGCAACAAGGACAAGCCGGUCCGUGAGCUGGUCGAGCCAUACCGGCAGUACGACAGUGUAAUGCGCAGAGUCUUCGCCCAGCAUCCGGAUCAUCCAGCUAUCCGCCAACCGAGCGUCAUCGAAGUCUUCUCCGGCCAUGAACAUACCGUCAACAUUCGGGCUCGAAAUCCAAAGGCCGAGGCUGUGGCCGAGAGGGAGUCUUAUAUCAUGCCAUUGGACAGCGACCAGCGUCGGCCAGAUGGCUCUCCUGCCAUUGUGCAGUCCUUGAGAGACUUUCGAACCAAUUUCAAUGUCUUUUCCGAGUCGGCCUUGGUGGUAAGUCUGUAGGCUACGGCAUUGUAGGAGCGCCGGCUGACCGAUUCCACUCACCUCGCAGGAUAUCGACUGGUCCAACGUCGUUGUAGCAGGCUCAGCUGUUGUUACAUCGUUGUUGUCAGUUCCAGAGAAGCAUGCGGGCUCCAAGCGAGCUCUCAGAGAGUACUACCACGAGCAAUUGGCGCCUGCAUCUGACGUGGACCUCUUUCUGUAUGGUCUGAGCGAAGAGCAAGCAGCCGCCAAGAUCAAGCAAAUUGAGCAGAGCAUUCGCGAUGCCAUUCUUGUCGAGACGACGACCGUUCGCACGAAGAAUGCCAUCACCAUUGCAAGCCAGUAAGUCACAUUACUACUCACCCCAUCCAGCAUCGAAUUGACAGUCCAGGUACCCUACUCGCCAUGUUCAGAUUGUUCUGCGUAUCUACAAGUCCAUCUCUGAGAUCUUGACCGGGUUUGAUGUCGAUUGUAGCUGUGCCGCCUACGAUGGCAGUCAGGUCUAUGCAAGCCCCCGUGCCCUUGCUGCGUACAUCACGCAAAUCAACACCAUCGAUCUUACCAGGCGAUCGGCUUCGUACGAAAACAGACUGUCAAAGUACGCCCAUCGAGGUUUCGAAGUGUAUUGGCCAAACUUGGAUCGGUCUCGAAUUGACCCUACUAUUUUCGAGCGCAGCUUUGGACGUACAGAAGGCCUUGCCCGGCUGCUCAUCUUGGAGAGGCUGCCUAAGUCAAGUGACAGGGACGCUUACCUUGACCAGAGACGAGCCGAGCGUGGACGACCUGCAGUCAACCGGUGGCGUAUGAAUCGUCGCAUGAUUCGUGGUAUGUACAGUCAAUUUGCCAUGUGUCCAAUUCAGAACGCUGAUCCACGGAAGGGAACAUCAAGAACGACCACGAAGACGAAGUGGCGGAAUGGGUAGAUGCGGAGGACGUCUCUGACUACCAUACUUUCACCAUUCCAUACGGGCCCAAGUUUCAUGCUCGCAAGAUUGAGAAACUCUUAUACACGAAAGACUUGCUCCUCAACGCCGAAUGGAACAAGCCGAAGGAUCGUGAAGUCCAUCUUCACAGACAUCCGGCUUUCUUUGGACGCACGGACGAUGUUUUCUUCGACUGUUGUGGCUCCUGCCCAAAGCCCACUACUCCCGAAGAACAGGAGGUGGCCGAAGAGGAAAGCAAGGUCUACGUUUCUGGAAACAUCGAAUUCAUCAAGGACGACCCAGGGAGACAGACGAUCGGCUCCUUCAACCCGCUGGAUGCCGAUGAUUGGACCGAUAUGGCCUACAUUGGCAACACGGAGCUUCUUUGCAAGGCUAUCGUGGACGGCGACUGUGAAUACGUUCGUAUUUGGUUGGGACAAGAAGGCAACGAUCCCAACACUCGCGACUACACCGGGCGGACUCCCUUGCAUCUUGCUGUCGUCAGCUCUACGCUUGAGAUCGUGCAGCUCUUGAUCGAUCAUGGCGCACGCCUCGUUGCGCGCCUGGUUGACGGCAAGACAGCUCUUCACCUCGCGGCUAUGCAAGGAAGCGUCGACCUUGUGUCUGCCCUGCUGCGUAAGAGUGAAGCGAACGAGGCUGAAGAGCAAGAGAAGAUCGACACCCGAAGAGCGGCACGUGCUGCUACAGACAAUGGCGCAUCUCUUGGCAGCGCAAUGAAGGACGCAAAGCUCACAGAAGAGGAGGCAUCCUCAGAGGCAGAUGAAGAAUCAGAUGUCGAUAUGGUGGAUGAACCUGAAGAUGACGAUGACAUGGACGCUACAACAGAGAACUCCAUCGUCAAUGUCAAAACUCCACCGCCGGAAGCUGACGACAAGGCCCUUCAAGGCGACGAAGACCACGAGCCUGAUGUAUACGACGUCGAUGUUGUUGCUUGGGAUACUGCCGCAUCUCCACUUCAUCUUGCCAUCAUCAAUGGCCACAUUGGCGUUGUUGAGGCACUCGUUCAGGAUUUUGGAGCAGACCUUCUGCUGCCGAUCAAGCUGUUCAGUGACUAUGACAAGUCUGCAAGAGCUGCCAUUUUGACCUUGGUCCUGGCCUUACAGCUCCCGAUGGACAAGGCCGAAGCCAUGGCUCGCACUCUGAUCAAGCUUGGUGCUUCUCUUGCUCAGGCGGAUCUGGACCAAACCACAGCCUUCACCUACUGUGUGGCUGAUCGGCCUGACUUGCUGGAGACACUCAUCGUCACAGAUAAGACCGGUACAAACAGAGCAAUCAGUCAUCUCUCAAUGAUUGGGUCUUCCAGGUAUCGACCCAGAGUCAUGAGUCCAUUGAUGUGCGCUAUCAAGGCCCGAGAUGCUACGACUGCCCUGCGUCUAUUGGCGGAAGGCGCCAAGCCGCAGAUCGAUUUCAGUGCAUAUAUGAAGGCAUAUGAAGCGAAGCAUGAUCCUCCAAAAGAUUCCAAGAGAAACAGGCAGGAGUUCGAAAAGCACGCCGAGCAACCAAUCAUCACUGCCGUGAAGCUUGAGCUCCCAGAUCUGGUGGGAGCACUCAUCGAAACCCACCACAUUGAUCCGAACACACUCGCGAGCCCUGGCUGGACCGUUAUCUACCGUCGACACGUCAAAGGUCAUAGUCUACUCGACGAGGUGAGGUCCAAGCUGAAGGAACUCAAAGACUGGAAGACCAAUAACGACCAUCCGGAGCCACCAAUUCCGCUCAAAGAAGACUCGGCAUACGUCGCAGGACUUGAAGAAGGAUCUUAUUCAUGGUGGUCGGCACGAAAACAACUUGAUGACGCGAAAGAGCGUUAUCGGGAUGAAGUUGCAUCGUUCGAAAAGAGACUCAAGGACUCAAAGACGGAGGUUGGGCUGCCGGAGAAGCAGGCCGCUUUGCGAGAUAUGGUGAAGCGUUUUGAGCAACUCGAAGGUAUGCUCUUGGCUCGUGGCGCAAAGACUUUCGAAGAACUGUACCCCGACUUUGAGAAACCGGAAAAUCGAGACUACAACUACCGUGGGUAUACUUCUCCAAAACCCGAGCCUUUCAAGGUCGAAUUCACCUUCCGGCUGGGCAACCUCACGGAAGAGGUGCAAGCACGAUAUCUCAAGCUGUUCGAGGCAGUCUGGAAAGCUGAUUUGCAGACGGUGAAACAGCUCACGUUGGUUUCUUGGAAGAACUCCGAAGACGAGGAGCAGCCUCCCCUGAUGGUGUCUGCUCGAGAUCAGCAUGCCCUUACACCGUUCUGUAUUGCUGUCCUGCAAAGCCAAUUUGAGCUUGCAACGGCGAUUAUGGAGAUUGCGCGAGCACAAUACGCACCGCCGGAAGAGCCCAAGCAGCAGCGUUUUGGGGUAGAUGGCGGCAAGGCCGUCGAGGCCGAUGACGAAGAAGAUGGCGACGUGCAGCUCUAUUCUGAAAUCGUGGACGACCAAUUCACUGUCGAUACCAUCGGCGAGGUCUCCACGCAUGUCAAGAGUCGCGUCAAGCCUCUCGCUAUGUUGGGGUACCUUUACCCCGUUGCUGAUUUUAUCGGUGGCCCCCUGCGCUCCUCACCAUCAAGCAGUGGCUUCAGUUAUUUUGGCCCUCGGCGCCAGCAAACGCACACAAUGGCUGGCAAGCGAACGAACACCGGGUCAUUGAAGGCUCUCAGCAACCAUCUGUCUGACGAGAAGAGAAAAGACAUUGGAAGGCCGAACACUCUCAUCCAAUUCGCUCUACACACCGACGACCAGGAUCUUCUUCUGUAUCUGCUGUCACUGGGGCAAGAUCUAGUCAAAGCCGAGAUGUCUCGUGAUGACGAAGAUGCCGUACGCUACUUCUCAGCCUCGCAUGCUGAUUAUCUUGAGGCCAUUAAGUUGGAUCGUCCUCACCUACUCGCAGAACUCAUGAAGCGCACUGGUGCUGGUCUACCACUCAACAGAAUGAUCAAGAAGUCUGGCAUCGAAAUUAAGGAGAAGCCAAAGUACUACCAAGGACUCUCUGUGUACGGGAAGAAGCGCCAAGACUGGGCCGAUGCGGGACGCGGUGAAAUAAGUGGCCCAGUUAUUGAGAAUCACCGUCCGGGUCUCCUCGAAGCAGCUCACAAUCAAUCGCUCGAGACAGUCGAGUGGUUCAUGAGCGACGCUCCGAUGAGAUGCUACAAAGAAUUUGCCAAGACUUACGAACAGGACAAGAGGAUCAAGUCCCUUGCAGAAACCAAGGGUGGCUUUGAGGCUUCGGCGUCACAAUUCCUCAAUGCUCGAUCACAGCUCGCCAUUCAUUGCAGUGUUAUGGUAACUUUUGCCCCUUGAAAUGAGCUUUUACUAUACUAACACUGACGACCACAGGGCAAGCCAUUCCCCGAGUCGAUUCAACUCCUCCGCUUUCUCAUCAAGAACGUGCCGGACUCUAUCAAUGCCAAGAGCAAUCAAGGCAGGACUCCUCUUCAGAUCGCUUUUUGGCAUUACCGCGAGCCUCACGCCAAGCUCCUGAUCGAUGCAGGAGCUGACCAAACCGUGCGAGAUAGGCAAGGCAACAACCUCGUCCACAGUCUCCUUCGCCGUCCAGCCAGCUCAAAGAAGAAGCUACAGACUCUACCUUGCAUGCUGGACCUAAUCGACAAGCGACUCCUUCCCUCUCUCUUCGCGGAGCGCUCGUCUGAACAUCCAGGCUCCUUGACGCCACUUGCUCAAUGGACCGGUAGGCUUGCACGGGAUCAGGCAUAUUGUAGACACGGCAUCAACGUAUUCCAACAGAUCCUUCAGUACAGCGGUGACCGAAAAGGCUUGGAUGCAAUCAACGGCGAAGGGCAUACACCGCUGCAUGUCGCCGUUCGUGAGUCCAACUAUGAACUCACCAAAGCUCUCCUGGACCAAGAUCCGGCCCUCCUGCUUCGCGAGAACGCCACAGGUCGGACCCCUUACGAGCUGGCGGAAGAUAGCGCCGUCGCUGCCGUCUGCGCCGACCCGCCGCCAUUGCCCGACGAUGGACGUUUCGGCAUACGUCGAGCCAACCGCUUCGGUCUUGUGCGGAACUGGAAUGUGGAUCUCGCCGACCGUGAUGUGGAAUCCUUCGCAGAGAAGAAGCCCAUGCAAGAUGGCAGGGACGACGCUGAGAAGAUCUACGACCUCGUGAGGGGAGUCAGGGAGAGAUUGGGAGCGCACGCAAAGAGGAAGUUGUGCUCUCUGAAUGAGGCGAGCGAGGUUGCGAGACGGCUUGCCGCGAGGAAAAGUGGAAGAGGCUCGGCGGAGAUGGGCGAUGAGGAAGAAGAAGAAGAAGAUCGGGAGGAGAUUUCAGAUGGCGCUGAUGAGGUGGAAGUCUGGAUGGGACAGGCGAGAAGCUACCUCGAAGACGAUAAGGACGAUGCUUCCGUGGGGUCGGCGCUGUUUGGGCGCUCUCCUGGUCGAGGCCGCUAG